AGGAAAGGUAGCUAAGAAAAAGAGGAAAAACCAACCUAAAUAUACCUCCAAAAACUCAGUAUAUACUUUCACCUCUCUUAAUUUGUAGGCCUCAAAUCAUCUCACAUAAGUGUGUCAAUGGUUCCAGUUAGCAGUCGAAGUUCUAAGAAAGAAGUAAACAGAGGCUCCUGGACGGCAGAGGAGGACCAAAAACUUGCUCAAGUUAUAGAAAUCCACGGUCCGAGGCGUUGGAAGUCCAUUGCAACUAAAGCAGGUCUUAAGCGAUGUGGGAAGAGCUGCAGGUUACGAUGGAUGAACUAUCUUAGACCUAAUAUUAAGAGAGGCAAUAUUUCAGACCAAGAAGAAGACUUAAUUCUUAGGCUUCAUAAGCUUCUGGGAAACAGGUGGUCGUUGAUUGCCGGAAGACUACCUGGUCGAACAGAUAACGAGAUCAAGAACUACUGGAACUCUCAUUUGAGCAAAAAGAUGAAGCAAAACAGAGCAGUUUCAAAGACAGUGCAAGGGUCCACAGAGCAAAAGAAUAUCAAAGCAAUGGACGUGAAUGCUUUAACAAUUGAAAGACAAGACGCCUUCAAACAUGAGGAGAACUUCAACUUCGGUUUCAAUGGCGACGAAUUCUUCAACUGCUCGAGCAGCGAACAAGGGCCUCUGAAUUUGGAGUGGAUGAAUACAUUCCUUGAAAUGGAUGAGAGUUGGUUUACUUUGCAUGAAAUUUAAGCAAUGUUUUUAUUUUUAUUUAUUAUUUUAUUUGAGAAUUGUUAUUAGUACUCCAAAAAUCUCAUUCUACACUCCAAAUUUUCUAUAUUUGGAAACAAAAAUACACUUGUGAGGAGUGUAGAAUGAGAUUUUUGGAGUGCCAGUAAUACUUUCCUUUUAUUUUUUGUGUUCAUGAUAGUUGUUAGGGAUGCAUUUGUGAGGCCCUUUUUGCUAAUUUUAGGAAAAUCCCACUUCAUGUUUGAUCCUUUUGUAUGUAUUUUCAAUUGAGGUUUAUUUUCCUUGAAUUAACAAAUCA